AUGUCGCACGCUGCUUCCGCUUCCGCUUCCGCUGAAACCCUCAAUGGUAUCUCGGACCCGGUCAAGAAGGACCACAGAGAGCUCGAGGAGUACUACAACAACAUCCUCAGUGCCAACACCGAGGAUGAAAAAACGCGCUGGGCCAACCAGUUUGUUUGGGAACUUGCCCGCCACAGUGUUGGGGAGGAAUUAAUCAUGUACCCUUGCAUGAGGAAGGUUCUUCGGAAUGGGGAUGCUAUGGUUGAGAAGGAUCUCGCCGAGCACCAAGAGGUCAAGGAGCAACUGUUCAAGUUCCAAAAUUUGAAUUCGGCCGACCGAUCCUUCGAGCCCCUCCUCCGCACCAUUUGGACAGACUUGUCCAAGCACAUUAAAGAAGAAGAGGAGAAUGACCUCGUCCAGCUCGAGCAGGCCCUCUCCUCCGAGGAGUCCAUUGAUCUCGCAAAGAGUUUCCAGCGCACAAAGAAGUUCGUCCCGACUCGUUCUCACCCCUCUGCGCCCAACCAGCCCCCGUUUGAGACUGUUGUGGGAUUGUUGACGGCGCCGAUGGAUAAGUUGAAGGAUCUUUUUGCGCGCUUCCCCAAGGAUAAUUAG